AACAGGCUGCUUUUCUCAACUGGUGUGCAACCAUGUUGGAUGGAGGGGCAGCUUGGAAGUUUUGUGGCUGGUGUACAGACAGCUUUAUGCAGGAAAUGACUGAGCAGAACUAAUUUCCUCCUGUCUGAGCCAGGAGCAGAGCUGAAGCUCUUCGUAGAGCAAGCAGACAAGUGCCACACCAAGGUGUGACUUUGUGCAAUUAAUUGGCAGAAUUGACCAGGAAGAUGACUGAAGGAGUGGUCCCAGACCUGCCACCUCAAUCCCCUGCAUCUGUCAAGGCUUACGGAACCAUGGAACCAACUGAGCAACCUCAGGGCUCAUCACAGCCACCCACCAGAAGGGCUUACAUUGCCAUCGCUACACUUUGCUUUCUGAACCUCGUGAAUUACAUGGACUGGUUUAUCGUAGCAGGAGUGCUUCUGGACAUACAGAAAUAUUUCAAUCUUCAAGACCACACUUCGGGCCUGUUACACACUGUUUUCAUUCUCUGUUUCUUGUUCUCGGCUCCUGUUUUUGGAUACCUUGGGGACCGAUACAACCAGAAAAUCAUCCUCAGCAUUGGAAUAUUUUUCUGGUCAACUAUUACCCUCUGUAGCUCAUUCAUCCCUGACUCGAUGCCCUGGCUAUUUUUUAUUUCACGGGGACUGGUGGGUGCUGGUACCUCCAGUUUCUCCACUAUAGCACCCACCAUCAUUGCUGACUUGUUUGAGAAGGACCAUCGGACGUGGAUGUUGUCAGUCUUCUACAUCUUCAUACCGGUUGGAAGUGGGCUCGGCUAUAUCCUGUCAUCCGGAGUGACGCGUGCAAGUGGUUACUGGGGCUGGGGCUUCAGGGUUACUCCUUUUAUGGGAAUUACAGGCUUGAUUCUCCUAAUUAUUUUAGUCCCUGAGUCAACAAAAAAGACACUCGCAGCUGGCAAGCACACCCGAAACUCAGCCUGGUUCAAAGACAUUUCAUCUCUUUGCAAAAAUUGGAGUUUCGUAGGAUCCUCGCUGGGUGUAACUUGCAUGGCUUUUAUCACUGGCGCUCUUGGUUUCUGGAUUCCUGUGUUCCUUUACAGAGCUGAGGUUGUUUUGAAUAUUAUACCUCCAUGCAGCAAAGAACCGUGUAAAACUUACAACAGUGAGAUAUUUGGAGGGAUAACCAUAGCAACUGGCAUUUUGGGGGUCGUUGCUGGAGCAGAAGCCGGCCGAAGAUACAAGAAGAUUAAUGCCAUGGCUGACCCUCUUAUCUGUGCUCUGGGCUUGCUCACUUCAGCUCCAUGCAUGUAUUUGUCUAUUAUGUUGGCUCAGAAGAGCAUCGUAGCUGCAUAUAUUUUUAUUGCCCUCGCAGAGUUUUUUUUAUCUUUAAACUGGGCCGUUGUGGCUGACAUCCUCUUGUAUGUAGUGAAACCCUCCUGUCAGUCAACAGCACUGUCUCUUCAAAUUUUUAUGAGCCAUUUGCUGGGUGAUGCUGGCAGUCCCUACCUCAUUGGAAUUAUCGCAAAUACAAUCCAGGUGCACCAAGGAGAUUCGUUCCAUCUCUGGAAUUUCCAGAGUCUGAAGUACAGCUUUGUGGUUUGCAUUUUUGUUGGUGUCCUUGGAGGAGGCUGUUUCCUCUUGACUGCUCUUCAUAUUGAAGAAGAUUCAAAGAAAGCUGCACCACCACCACCACCACCACCAGUGCAAGAUGACCUCACCGAGAAGUUUCAUAAUUUCAGUUUCAUGUAG